UAUACUUGACUUUUUUUCGUAACUUAAAAGCUUUUUAUCGUUUUGGAUUUCGUUGGCAGUUCUUUUUACGACAAACAAACCAUUUCCGGGGACUGCCAGCGUGGAUAAAUUUUUUGCUGCGUCAAUUACAAAUUUAGAAACAAACAUGGCAGAAAAAGCAGAAGAAGCUGGAAUAAACAGUGCCGAAGUUGAAUUGCCAACUAAAGAAGGAAUGGAGGCUGAAGCACCACCGCCAUAUAAUCCCCCAGAACAGACGGGAGCUGAUGCCCAGUUUCAGAUGUUUAUGGACCCUAUGUUUGCUGAACUCGAAUCAAGAGUUAAAGAACAUGAAAGAAUUUUGGACAAAAUUAAUGACGAUAUGAAAAGAGAACAGGAGAUUGAGAGGAAAGCCAAGGAACAGGCUCAUCUUCCUGGACCAUUGAAGGGGAGUGGUCAAGAAUUAACAGAUGUUAUGAAGAAGGUUGAAGAAAUGAUUGUUUAUGAGAUUGAUGAAAAUGAAGAGGAUGAGGAAAAUAAAGAAGAAGAAAAACCGUUUAGUUUUAUGGAGCAGUGGAUUGAGAACCGGCGUAAAAGAGCUAUGGGCGAGGAACCAGUUGAGGAAGAUGAAAAACCAGAAGAACCCAAAAAACCACAAAAAGACAGAAAACGUAUGCAAAUACGUAAGCUGGAUGAUCAUGGCAAUGCAGCUGUAACGUCACACAGUCUGGCCGCAUACGUCUCCUGUUUACAAGGUGACCAUCUGAAGAGAUUCACAUCGAAAAUUACAGCAGAUUGUCAACUCUGGCUAGCAAAAAUGUUCAGGUUUGACGAGGCGUCAGUUUUCUACCAUGAAGAAUCUAGAGAUGGUCUUGUACGAAUCUGCCGCUUAGCUUUGUACCAGAAAUAUCCAAAGUAUAUUACCGAAGGGUUUGAGGCCCUAUAUUCUAGACCACCUGUGAUAUAUAUAAGUUCAGCUGCCCAGCCUGGACUAAGUAACUACCUAUGUUUACAGUUGGGUCUUCCAAUGUCAUCAAUAUGUUCUGUACCAUGUAAUACCUUGUUUGGAUCCAACACCAAAAUGCGACCAAACAGACAUGAACGUAUGGAUACAGAGAUUUUAGAAAAGUUGAUACAAGAUGACAUAGCAGCCGCCAAAACUCCAGUUGCUCUUAUUGCAUAUGCAGGUACACCAAAUGCAGGUCAUGUAGAUGAUUUAGAAAAGAUUAAAGAAUUAUGCAAGAAAAAUAACAUUUGGAUGCAUGUUGACGGGGAUAACCUUGCCACUUUGUCAUUGAUACGUCCACCUGGUAACAUACAGAAUGCAAGAUUUGGUGACAGUUUCACUAUCUGUAUGGGCAAAUGGUUAGGAAUUCCUGCAAUGCCGUACUCUACACUUUUCAAAGUAGCAGAUCCUGCCCUCGUACAUGCUGCGUCACUGAUGACCUUUAACCCCUACCUGAAACUGACUUGUCUGCCUUUGUGGGUAGUGUUACAAAGUCUUGGUAUUGAAAAUAUAGAGCAAAGAAUCACUCAUUCAUGUGAUCUUGCUGACUUCCUGUUCAAUGAGCUGUCAAAGAUAAAAACAAUCAAACAGUUUAGUCGAGAAGAGAAAAAGAAAGAUGAUAGAGCUGUUAGAUCUAUUUCAGACCUUAUCUCAAAGGCAAUCUCUGCAUUGCUGGUGUUUGAAAUGGUUACCCCAACUGUAGUAUUUAGGUAUACAGAAGACACAAGAGAAUCCAAAAAUGUGGCAGUUGCUCCAUAUGCUGUUGGUACAACAAUGGAUGUGGAAGAUGACGAUGAUGAGGAGGUUAUAAAGAAGAAGACAUACUACAACUCACUCAAUAUAUGGUUGGGAGAGACACUGCAGACAGAGAACCCAUAUGUAGAGAUAACAAUGGUAGAGCUAGAGAGGGAAGGUGUAUGUAUGAAGUUUGCACCGUUAGAAUCUGCUCAAUUGAUUGGAACACAAAAAGAACAUUUAGAGGGAUUUAUAGCAUGCCUGUGUAAUCAAAUUGCAAUAUUAGAUGCAACAACAUUGAACUACGAGAAAUUCCGACUGAUCACAGCUGAACAGGAGAAUCUGAAACUUGUUGAAGUUGGAAACUGGGCCGGAUUGGGGGCAGUGCAAUACAUUCCAAGUGCCUAUGUGAAGGAAGGAUUAGAUUUAAGUGAUGAGAUAGCAAAGAAAGAGGUCAACAAUCUGAACAUUGAGCUGGUGCAUAAACUCAAAGAUACAGACAGCGCAUUUUCAUUGGGUUAUGCAGACAAUGAGAUAGCAUGUGUUAAGUUUGGUUUGAUAACGGACGAAACUGAUGUACAUGAAUUGAUUGGUAUGGUCCAGGAAACCGGCAAACAAGUUGAGGAAGCUUCAAAGUACUUUGAAAGUAUGUCUGAGUUAGUGAGGAAAGGAAUCGAAGAAGCCAACAAAGAUCUACAGGUGGAGAAUGAACAUAAACUUAUGCAAGAGGGUGUGUUAAGGCAGAUUCCUAUGAUAGGUUCAAUGAUGAAUUGGUUUUCGCCACCCCCUAAAGAUGCUGUUAGAGGCAGAACCUUUAACCUUGUCUCAGGAACUAUAGCAAGCACAGAAGAGACCUAUAAGUAUAAAAUGCAGAUACAAACAGAGGGUGGGUCAAGGUCUCGGUCCAGGCAGACAUCUGGCACAGGUUCGGUUACCUCUAUGUCCAGUAUGUCAAGUCCAAGAUCGCCUGCAGCCGAUGGUCAUCCAGGUACAAAGACGGCGGGGGAUAUCAAAGCUGGACUGGUAAAUUCAUCACAUGAAGGUGAUCUAGGGGAAAGUCAUGACUCUCUACCUUCACCAAAUGGUAAUCUUAGAUUAGAGUUAGACAGUCAGGAACAUGAGGCUAAAGCUUAAUGAUCUAGUAGAAUAAUCAUUUCAUUUACAGAAGAUCUGCAUCAUUUCAAGGUCAUUAAAUUUGAAUGUCAUGGUCAUGGUCAUUCAUUCAAAUUUCAAGGUUAUUUACUGCAAAGUUCAAGGUCAUUUAUGUAACCUUGACAUUGUAUGCACACACUUGAUAAACUGUACAGCUGGGGGAUAAUCUCAAGUGGAAAGAACUGUUGUUGUUGUUUUUUUAAAACAUGCUGAUGUACACAUCAAUACACUAAAUAUAUGUUGGUGUAAUGACAAGGUCAUAAUCAGAAGGUCAUAUUGUGAAAUUCUGACAAUGUCUUGACACUAGUGAAGAAGAUAAUUCUUUAUUGAAUCUAUCAUUGAUGAAAAAAAGAGGGAUUUUAAAACUGUAUUUAUUGUACUUUGUUGUUUUUUUAUGGACAUGUUAUAUUUUAUUAUUGAAAUGAUUUUGAUAGAUAAUUAUUUUGUAAAAAGUGGAAAAGGCUGUGACUUACCUAUGUGAUGUAACUAUGCCAUUGGCUUAUACAGGGUUUAAAUGUGUAUAAGUUUUUGUAUAUUUUGUAAAUAUAUCUGUAACAUUCCAUAUGGACUGGUAUCUUGUGUAACGAAAAAAUUUGUAUGUGAUCUUAAGGCCAAAACAUUUUGAUGUUUGUUUGCUGUCUUGAAGUUUAAAACUCACUUAAAUUAGCUAGAUCUUUUUUAAGCCCAAGGCUGACCAGAUAAAUGUGUUGUAUCAAGUCUUUACUUUUAAACAAAUGGAAAUAAAAGAUUGUUUUACCAUGUUUAUCCGGGAGAUGGGAAACAAACAUUUUAGUUUUUUGCCUUGUGAAAAAAUAUAGAUUUAGUGUGUAAAAUAACCUCAAAUCAUAUAUUACAUAUCUUAGGAGUUGUAUGUGUUAAUGUUGGAAAUGUGUUUGAGAAUGAAUGCAAGAUCUUGGCAAGUAUAAAACUUCAUCUUUGUAAGUCAGGGUAAACAAGACUUGCCUAUGUCAGGAACUGGGUCAGCUUUACAUCUGUGCAGUUUGGCUAGACUCAUUUCAUUUGGCUGCUUGAUUUUAAAAGUUUUAAAUUUGAAAUCCUCUUCAGAUACAAAUGAACUGUUCCAAACUCAAAUUUUGGACGAGUCAUGACAUUAAAUAGGCUGGCAAAACUUUAUUGAAAAUAGUAAAUUGUUCUGUUUGGUUUUAUCUGUCAUCUGUUUUACUGGGAUUUAUUGAAGCCUACUGCAAACAGUGCAGACCAAGGUCAGCCUGUAUAUCUGUAUUGUCUGAUCAUGGUCUGCACUGUUUCUUGUUCUGUCAGUACAUUAUUAAAAUUUUGAUUUUUCUCCCCCUAAAAUGAUGAAUGGUUUUGACAGAUUGAUUGAUGGACAAAUCCUUUAAAGAAGGUUAUAUUGAAGAUUUGAAGAAAUGUUCUUGGAAAAUGUGUCCUUUUUACAUGUUUUUUAUUUGUUUGUUUAAGACUGAUACAUUGUUACUGAAUUUUGUUUUAUUAUGAAUUUAUUAAAGAGGGUUUUUAUUUUAUUCUGUUAUGCUUUACAUGCAGUUAUUAUUUUUGUUUAUAUUAAGUUCUGUUUAGGGAUAUGUUUUACUGAUUUUUUUAAAACAGUUUUUUUUUUGUUACAUUGUCGAUCCAUUCUUCCAAGUUUUUAGUAUUACGAAGAGGAUGUAUACUUAAAUAAACAUUUAUCAUUAUUUUGAUAUUGUAUGUGAACCAACAAUUUGAUUUUAUUGUAGUUGGAUAUUUAUAUAUACAAAACCAGUUUAUCGUAAAGAAACCAAUAAUAACAUGAUAUUUGAUCUGACAAAUUAUUGCGGACAGCUUAUACAAUUUUGCUUUUUGGUGGUAUGAUGUCUCAGAAUUUUCAAGAUGGUAAGAAAAAAAUACAAAAUGCUUUUACACUUGUUAGAUUAGGCCCAACCAAUAUCUCUUUAAAAACAAGUUAGUGAUACUUUAAAGCUUCGGUUAUUUUUUUUUAUCUUUUAUUUUUCCUUUGAGAAAAUAACUGUCUCUCUACUUCAGUAAAGUCAUUAAUUAUAUAGACUUCAGGUGGUAGUUGGUAAGUUUAAGAAAUCAAGUUUGAUGUUUAAAAACAACGUUUUUAUACAGGACUUUACUUUAAAAACAAGUAAUGAAAAACAUAUUUAUUUUCUAUAUUUUCAUGUCUCAUUUUUGUUCCAUUAUACUAGUAGACAAAAAUGUGUUCACAAUCAUAUUGAGUCAUACUCCUAUAUUAUAAUGUAUUAACAAUGUACUUGUUGUUUUUUCCUGUAUAUCUGUCAUGUACACACAAAUAUCCAUUCCAUGUACAUGUAACACUGUGAUAUAUAUUUAUAAUUGAGCCGCGUCAUGACAUAACCAACGUAAUGCGUUUGCGACCAGCAUAGAUCCAGACCAGCCUGGGCAUCCGCGCAGUCUGAUCAGGAUCCGUGCUGUUCCCUUUCAAACCCUAUAACAAGUAGAGAAACUGAUAGAGAACAGCAUGGAUCCUGAUCAGACUGCACGGAUGCGCAGGCUGGUCUGAAUCCAUGCUGGUUACAAACGCAUUGUUUUGUCAUGUCGUGGCUCAAUAUAUUAGUAAUCUAUGCUAACAGACUAUUUAUUUAUUUAACCAUGUUAUCUACCUGUUUGUUAAUUAUAGAUAAGUUCUCUUAACAUUAUUAUGAAUGACUUUAUAUACAUAGAUAACAUAACUUACUGUAGAUCAAUUACUAUCGAAAUAUUGGGACUUCAGUAAUUGAUAACUUUCUUUAUGCUUUGGAUUUAUAUAACACCAUUGCAGCUGGUUAAAAAUGCAUGGACAAAGUAUGGUUAAUGGAGAACCAGGACAGGAGAAAAAUUUAAUUCGCUUUAACUUUGCUUUUCAAAAAUGUAGAAAGAAAAAGACAAAAGUAGAAGGUUCUAUGCAAGACUUGUUUUUGCGAACAAUUUAUCAUGAAGUGUUUGUCCUGGACAUUUCAAAACUGUUCCCGUUAUAUAAUCUGACUGGCAGCAUAUAGGGUGCUGUUUAAUUCAGCUUAUAAGCAGGUUUAAAGUCAAAAUGUUUGAAAUAUACAUUUGUUUAUUGAUAUGGACAAACUUAAAGAAAUCCACUUAUUUUUUUGGUGCAGCUUUGUAUGUUUUGUAGAUACUUGCAAUGUUAUAUGCUAUUUUAGCACACACCACUGGCGCUUUUGUGGCUCCAUAAGAUAGGUAUUGCACACCCGUGAAAAAAAGUUAUGUUAUAUUUCUAAGAGCUUUUUGGUAUGUGUUUAAAUGUUACUUUAUUUACAGAUUUUUUUUUUCUUGUCAAGAUAUUACAGGAAAUCAUGUAAACUGUAGUUACUUGUAGUUUAUAGUUAUAAAAUUUACAGUUUUAUUCACUCACACUUGCCUAAUAUAAAUACAUUUAUAUCAUAUAUCACCUCCUUAUAAUGGAAUUAAAACAAAUUUAUCUUUAGUUCAUAGUAUUAGAUCAUUGAUGCCAAUAUAUACAAAAUUUAUAUAUAACACAAUAGUUAGAAAAACAGCAAUUUAUUUUCCUUUUACCUUUUAUGUUGUUCAACAAUUUUCUCUUUUUGCUUUUGGAUAACUAUUUUGGUUUGUGUAAUUGUUAUGAAUAUUUUGACAUAUUUUCUGUGGUGUUUUUUUGUGUGUUUUUCCAGAAAGAAUCAAAUUGGAAUACUAAUUUCUGUCUAUCACUGGUUAAAAUUUGUUUGUAACUUUGGUGCUUUUGUCCUCACUGCUGCUAAUUUAUGUUAUGCAGAAAUUUU